GUAGAACUCAACCAAAUUGAAACUGGUUGGCCACCAUACUGAGCUACAUUAAAGGUGCAAAAUCUCAGAAGCAUGACCAUGACAAGAAAGUACUGGGCUCCAUCAUGAAGUGUACGGGACAUCAAGUGUCGAGUUAUGCUGACUUCAUUUGCAAUUCAUAUUCCUUUGGGCGCGUCCUCGUGUGGGUUCUCCGUGUCCGGCGACGACUACGCUUCACUUCACGACUUCUUUCCAAGACUCCAGCAAGACUGUUCCUGUCACCAUGAAGAUGGAUACAAAAGGUUUUUACCUGUACUGGACCAACCAAAGCAAGGAGACAACAUUCUUGGAUGUUGCUACCAUCAGAGAUACUAGAACAGGAAAAUAUGCUAAACUUCCAAAACAUCCAAAGGUCCGCAAUGUGUUUAACCUCGAUUUCCCAGACAGUAACCACUUGGCCAAAACGCUGACUGUUGUUUCUGGUCUUGACACCGUCAACUUGAACUAUCAUAACUUCUUUGCCUCCAAGGAAAAAGUGACACAGAAUUGGGCGAAUGACAUUCUUGCCAUUGCCUACAACGCUGCAAGAAAUAAUGCGUGCAGACAAGUCUUCUUGGACAAAAUCUAUGUUCAGAUUUGUCUCCAAACCAACAAAGAUGGCAAGAUCCCAGUGAAGAAUAUUUACAAGAUUUUCCCUGCUGAUAAGAAGAGAGUGGAAAACGCACUGGCAUCAGCCCACCUCCCCAAAGGAAAGUUUGACAGUAUGAAGCCUGAUGUCUUCACUGAAUCAGCUUUCAAGUCCUUCUUGGCAAAUCUCUGUCCUCGGCCUGAAAUCUAUGAAAUCUUCACUUCUUAUUCCAAUAAACCCACCAUGACCAAGGAGAACUUUGCCAAGUUUCUCAACGAAAAGCAGAGAGACUCUCGGCUCAAUGAGGAACUGUUUCCACGGCUACGGCAGGACCAGAUAAAAGCUUUGAUGCUCAAAUAUGAACCCUGCACCACAAACUGUAACAGAGGUCUCAUUACCCCGGAAGCUCUCUUGUCCUUCCUGGUGGGUCCUGAGACUUCAGUGGUCAUGCAGGACAGGCUGGCAAAAUGUCAUGACAUGACCCAGCCCCUACCCCAUUACUUCAUCAAGUCCUCUCACAACACGUACCUGACAGCUGGUCAGUUUUCCGGCGUGUCCUCCCCGGAGAUGUACCGCCAGUGUCUUUUGUCCGGAUGCCGUUGUCUGGAACUUGACUGCUGGAAGGGGAAACCUCCAGAGGAAGAGCCCAUCAUUACACAUGGCUUCACCAUGACCACCGAAAUCCUUUUCAAGGACGUGAUUGAGGCCAUUGCUGAGAGUGCUUUCAAGACUUCCCAGUAUCCCGUUAUCCUUUCCUUCGAAAACCAUGUUGACUCAGUGAAGCAGCAGGAGAAGAUGGCCAACUACUGCAAAACCAUAUUUGGUAAUGCCCUGCUGACAGAGCCUCUGGACAAAUACCCUCUGAAGCCAGGACAGCAGAUUCCAAGCCCGACCGAGCUCAUGGGCAAGAUCUUAAUCAAAAACAAGAAGGGAAUCCAUAAAAGCACAAACCAGACAACCAAGAAGAGUAGCACAGCAAUCAGUGACCAGAUGACAACUGUUGCUUCACCACCACGUAACACUGACCUACUUUCCGAAGAUCCAAUCAAAUCGACCAAUCUGGAGAGUCAGGAUGGGGAUAUGGCUGUGGAAGAUGAGGAACAAGAGGACACAGAGGAACAGGAUGAAGAAAAAAUGAAGACCUGUGAUGAGGGCACAGCUGGACAGGAAGUCACAGCAUACGAGGCCAUGUCAUCGUUGGUCAAUUACAUCCAACCUAACAAAUUCAUCUCCUUCGACAAUGCCAAAAAAAAGAACAAGAGUUAUGUCAUCUCAUCUUUUGUGGAGACCAAAGGGGAAGCUAUGAUUGCCAAGACUGCCAUCGACUUUGUUGAAUAUAAUAAAAGGCAGAUGAGCAGGAUUUACCCGAAAGGAACAAGAAUGGACUCAUCCAAUUUCAACCCCCAGCCCUUUUGGAACGUGGGCUGCCAGAUGGUGGCGCUCAACUAUCAGACAAUGGACUUCCCCAUGCAGCUGAACAUGGCACUGUUCGAAUUCAAUGGAAGGACGGGCUACCUGCUCAAGCACGAUGUGCUGCGGCGCAAUGACAAGAAAUUUGACCCGUUCUGCGACAGGAUUGACACAGUUGUUGCAAUCACAUUGACCAUUAAGAUCUUUUCUGGACAAUUUCUGUCUGACAAGAGUGUAAAAACUGGAGUGGAGGUGGAGAUCAUUGGGCUGCCAGGAGACCCCAAGAAGAAAUAUCGCACCAAGUGGUCCACCACACCCAACUCUAUUAACCCAGUGUGGAAUGAGGAGCCUUUUGUGUUUGACAAGAUUCUCCUCCCAGAAAUGGCUUCACUCAGAAUGGCAGUCCAUGAGGAAAACGGCAAAUUCCUCGGACAUAGAAUCAUUCCCCUUGAUGCCAUUCAGUCAGGUUUCCAUCACAUUUGCCUGCGCAGUGAAAGCAACAUGCCGCUCAUUAUACCUGCACUUUUUGUGUACAUUGAGGUCAAGGACUACAUCCCUGCUGCUUUUGCAGAUUUUACAGAUGCCUUAUUCAACCCAACAAAGGGCACAGAGAAGACGACACGGACCCCAAAAGAGUCAUCCUCAGACUACAUUUCUCCUUAUGAGCUCCCUUUUGUGCCCCAAACUGAAGUGACAAAAGCAAAGGAACCAACAGUGGAGGUGCCCCUUGUACCAAAUCCACCCAGACUUGAGGUGAGUGACUCACCACCCCAUGAUGCUUCACCUGAAGAUAGCGAAGAUGACGCUGAAGAAGAGAGCACGCCAGACACUCCACAACUUGAAGACCUUCUUCCGGAUGCUGAACCAGGAAGUUCCACGUCUGAAGAGCUUGUCCCCGAGGAGGAUGUCAUACAGCCUGAGACGAGCACCGAAGACAUAGAAGAGUCAAGCAGUGACUCUAUAAACUCGGAGCGAAUUUCAAAUGAUGAACUAGUCGAGGAGGUGGUUCAAGGAGAGCCCGAUCCAUUAACUGCAUCACUGGAAUGUGCAGUGUCAGAUAAAUCAUCUGCAGCAUGUAAUGAAGUAACAUCAACCGUGACAAAUGCAGAACUGACACGGCACAAGAGCUACCUGAAGGUCAUCAAGCGUCAGGAGAAAGAGACAAAAGAAGUGGAAAAGAAGUAUCAAAGAAAAACAGAAUUUUUAAGCCAGAAAUAUUCAGAUGCUUUCAAGGACUGGAAGAAGGCCUUGCUGAAGAAAAAAGACAUAACCCAGAUCGAAGCAAGCACAUCGAGCUGCAGUCCCAAAACAGUGCAGGAGCACAAGCAAAAGCUGCAGGCUGAGUUGCAUGCUCUAUGGACGGAACAAUGUGGACAGCUGAGGAAGAAGAAAGAGCAGUGUGCCACAGAGAGACUGGCUAAACUGAUGGAGAUGGCUAAUGAGAAACACAGCAUUGAACUGAAGACCUUGGAAAGUGAAAUCAAAGAGAGCAAGAAGAAGAUCAAAUCUUCCUCACAGAAAUCCAAGCUGAAAAAAGCAAUAAGCCGAGAACUGCUGGAUGAGCUUGAUGAAUCUGAAUGUGUGUCUUGUGAGUACAGCAUGCAGCAAGAGACUUUGAUGUUGAAACAAACAGCCACACUGGAGGAGAUUAAGGCUUUCACUAAUCAGCUUAAUCAGGAGGCCCUGAAAGAGCACGAAGACAAAAUGAGGUCUCUACCAGCAGAGGUGAUGGAGGCUGUCAACGCCUGUGUGGGCGUCCACUUCCCUGAACUUAUCGACAAGGCGACCACCAAUAGAGCAGAAGGGUCAAACGUCUACGGAGAUGUUUUUCUAGGCUAGAUGAAUUUUGCUUCCUAAAUCUUGAUCAUUCGGUUCUGAAAAUUCAAUGACAGUCAGGUUUCAUUUUAUGGUGGAUUGCAGUUAGUAUAUGUGUGAGACAUACCAUUUUGCUUAGAUUAAUUAAUACUGUACGUAUGUAUUAACAUAAUACAUAAUACAAAUUUACAAUUUUGCAUUGCAUAGUAUUUAAGAUCUUAUCAAUGGUUUAUUUUAGAGGAUAUGAAUGACUUAUCCAGUUGUACAAUGAA